AUGUUCCCCGCCGCCCGCGAGGCCGCGCCGCCGGCCGGACCCCCCCAGAGCCCGGAGACGCCUCCGACGACGCCGGGGGUCUGCUGCCCUGCCUUGGCCGAGCUGAGCGACGCCGAGCUGGGCGUGUGCAGCAAGGAGGAGCUGGUGCGCCGCUUGCGCCACGAGGAGGCCGAGAAGCUGGCGGCGCUGGUGCAGCGCGGCCGGCUCAUCCAGGGCGUCAACCGGCAGCUGCAGGAGCACCUCCGCGAGAUCCGCGAGCUGAAGGCCGUCAACGGGCGCCUGCAGACCGAGAACCGCGAGCUGCGCGACCUGUGCUGCUUCCUCGACGAGGACCGCCUGAAGGCCAAGCGCCUGGCGCGCCACUGGCAGCUCUUCGGGCACCACGCGGCGCAGGUGCUGCGCGACGAGGUGGCCGCCUGCCUGCGCAAGCUGGCCGGCCUCGAGGGCCUCCAGGAGCGCCUGGCCAAGGACAACCUGGAGCUCAAGGAGCUCUGCCUGGCCCUGGAGGAGGAGUGCGCCUCCGCCCGGCCCGACGCCAGCCCCAGCCCCGGCGGAGGCUCCUCCGAGCUCAACCUGCCCUGCGGGCCCCGCGACUUGGGCGACGGCAGCUCCAGCACCGGCAGCGUCGGCAGCCCCGACCAGCUGCACCCCGCCUGCACCCCCGACGACUGA